UCACAAACCAGCCCUGCUGUAUUUAUCCGUGCACCUCUGCUCCCCACAAAGCAAGGAUUGACUGAAAGGAAACAGAAGACAGGAAGGGUAGGAGAAAGGUGGAAGCUGAUUACUCUGGGAUAACCCUCACACCCCUCCCGCUUCUCUCUGAGCCUGCUGAAAGUGUUAACCACAACUUGCCAAGAAACAUCUCACUGUUUCCAACAAGAGGACGAAUAAUAAGGGAACUAAUUUGAUUGCUGAGGAAGCUGCAAAUCUAAAGUCAUCAUGAGCACCAACGAUUACUACGACCAACACCAGUUUCAUCAAGGCGAGGAAGCGGACGAGAUGCCAGCUACAGAGAAGGACCUGGCAGAAGAUGCCCCCUGGAAGAAGAUCCAGCAGAACACAUUCACCAGGUGGUGCAAUGAGCAUCUUAAAUGUAUGAACAAACGCAUUGGAGACCUCCAUAAAGAUCUGGGCGAUGGUCUCAAGCUCAUAGCCUUGCUAGAGGUGCUGAGUCAGAAGAAGAUGUACAGAAAGUACCACUCCAGACCUAACUUCAGGCAGAUGAAGCUGGAGAAUGUGUCGGUGGCGCUGGAAUUCCUGGACAGAGAACAUAUCAAGCUGGUGUCCAUAGAUUCAAAGGCCAUUGUGGAUGGAAACCUUAAGCUGAUCCUGGGUCUGAUCUGGACUCUCAUUCUACACUACUCCAUUUCUAUGCCUAUGUGGGAAGAUGAGGAUGAAGAAGAUGCAAAAAAACAAACACCCAAACAGAGACUUCUGGGAUGGAUUCAGAACAAGAUUCCACAACUUCCCAUCACCAACUUCCACCGAGACUGGCAAGAUGGCAAAGCACUGGGUGCCCUGGUUGACAACUGUGCUCCAGGUCUGUGUCCAGACUGGGAGGCUUGGGAUCCCAACCAGCCUGUGGAGAACGCAAGAGAGGCCAUGCAACAGGCUGAUGACUGGCUAGGUGUGCCACAGGUCAUUGCUCCUGAAGAAAUUGUGGACCCCAAUGUAGAUGAGCAUUCAGUCAUGACCUACCUUUCCCAGUUCCCCAAGGCCAAACUGAAGCCAGGUGCCCCUCUAAGAUCAAAGCAGCUGCAUCCUAAGAAAGCCAUUGCCUAUGGUCCAGGAAUUGAGCCCCAGGGAAACACGGUUUUGAAGCCUGCCUUCUUCACAGUAGAAACUAUCGAAGCUGGUCUGGGAGAAGUGCUGGUAUUCAUAGAAGAUCCCGAAGGACAUACCGAAGAGGCAAAGGUUAUUCCCAACAAUGACAAGAAUAGAACCUACUCAGUCAGCUAUGUGCCAAAGGUGGCAGGUCUACACAAGGUCACAGUUUUAUUUGCUGGACAGAACAUCAAUAAAAGUCCAUUUGAUGUCAAUGUUGCCAUGGCACUUGGAGAUGCCAAUAAAGUGACAGCAAGGGGACCUGGUCUAGAACCUGUGGGGAAUGUUGCCAACAAGCCAACCUACUUUGAUAUCUACACUGCAGGUGCUGGUUCAGGUGAUGUUGGGGUGAUCAUAGUUGAUCCACAGAAUCGUCAAGACACAGUGGAAGUCAUCUUGGAAGACAAAGGUGAUAGCAUCUAUCGCUGCACAUACAGACCCAACAUGGAGGGACCUCACAAGAUCUUCAUUACCUUUGCUGGAGCCCAGAUUCCAAAGUGUCCCUAUGUUGUUAAUAUCUCAGAAGCUUGUAAUCCCAAUGCCUGCAGAGCUUCUGGCCGAGGACUGCAGCCUAAAGGAGUGCGCGUUAAAGAAGUGGCUGACUUCAAAGUGUUCACCAAGGGAGCAGGAAGUGGGGAGCUGAAAGUCUCUGUUAAAGGGCCCAAGGGCACAGAGGAACCAGUCAAAAUCCGUGACCUUGGAGAUGGAGUGUUUGAGUGUGACUAUUACCCAAUAGUGGCAGGAAAAUAUGUGGUGACUAUCACUUGGGGUGGAUUUGCCAUUCCUAGAAGCCCAUUUGAGGUUCUUGUCAGCCCUGAGGUCGGAGUACAGAAAGUUAGAGCAUGGGGACCUGGCCUGGAGACUGGCAUGGUGGGCAAAUCUGCUGAUUUUGUGGUGGAAGCCAUAGGCACAGAGGUUGGAACACUUGGCUUCUCCAUUGAGGGCCCCUCACAGGCAAAGAUUGAGUGUGAUGACAAGGGAGAUGGCUCAUGUGAUGUGCGCUACUGGCCCACUGAGCCUGGCGAGUAUGCUGUGCAUGUAAUCUGUGAUGAUGAGGACAUCAAGGACAGCCCUUUCAUUGCCCAUAUUCUACCAGCCAGCAUCAAAGGCUUCCCAGAAAAGGUUAAGGCAUAUGGUCCAGGUCUGGAACCCACUGGCUGCAUAGUACAACACCCUGCUGAAUUUACCAUUGAUGCCCGUGCUGCUGGCACAGCUGAACUGAAGAUCUAUGCACAGGAUGCAGAGGGAACACCAAUUGACAUCAAGAUUAAAGACAAUGGAGAUAAUACUUAUGUGUGUGUUUAUGUACCAAUGAAGCCAAUCAAACACACUAUCAUCAUCUCAUGGGGAGGAGUUAAUAUCCCCAAUAGCCCUUACCGGGUGUCAGUGGGUGAGGGCAGCCACCCUAACAAAGUUAAAGUUUAUGGACCUGGAGUAGAAAAGACAGGUCUAAAAGCUAAUGAGCCAACUUACUUCACUGUUGAUUGCAGUGAGGCAGGACAAGGUGAUGUCAGCAUUGGCAUUAAGUGUGCACCUGGUGUGGUGGCACCAGCUGAAGCCGAUAUUGACUUUGACAUCAUCAAAAACGAUAAUGACACUUUCACUGUGAAAUACACACCCCCUGGAGCUGGAAGAUAUACCAUAAUGGUGUUAUUCGCUGACCAGGAAAUACCAAUCAGCCCCUUCCGGGUUAAGGUAGAUCCAUCUCAUGAUGCCAGCAAGGUACGAGCAGAAGGCCCAGGGCUUAACCGCACAGGUGUGGAGGUCGGAAAGCCCACUCACUUCACUGUAUACACUAAGGGUGCUGGAAAAGCCAAAUUGGAUGUUCAAUUCACUGGGACCAUAAAGGGUGAAGUUGUGCAAGAUUUUGAAAUAAUUGAUAACCAUGACUAUUCAUUCACUGUGAAGUAUACAGCCAUUCAACAGGGUAAUAUAACCGUAUCAGUCACCUAUGGAGGAGAUCCCAUACCUAAGAGUCCAUUUAUUGUUACUGUGGCACCUCCUCUUGACCUGGGCAAAGUUAAAGUACAAGGGCUCAACAACAAGGUGGAUGUUGGGAAGGAUCAAGAGUUUACCAUUAAUACCAGUGGAGCAGGAGGUCAAGGAAUAGUUGAUGUAAAGAUUACAUCUCCAUCACGGCGUCCAAUUCCUUGCAAGGUGGAAACUGGUGUCACUAGCGAGAUUCAUACUGUAAAAUACAUGCCUCCUGAGGAGGGACCAUACAAGGUUGACAUUACCUAUGAUGGCCAUCCUGUGCCAGGAAGCCCAUUCACAGUGGAGGCUGUCAUGCCUCCCGAUCCUUCCAAGGUUCGUGCUUAUGGACCAGGCCUCAAGGGUGGGUUUGUGGGCAAGCCAGCACCAUUUGCAAUUGACACCAAAGGAGCUGGUACUGGAGGUCUUGGUCUAACUGUUGAAGGACCAUGCGAGGCCAAGAUUGAGUGCCAAGAUAAUGGAGAUGGCUCCUGUUCAGUAUCCUACCUUCCCACAGAACCAGGGGAAUAUUCUAUCAACAUCUUAUUUGCAGAUGCCCACAUUCCUGGUUCACCUUUCAAGGCUGAUAUUCGACCUGUGUUUGAUCCCAGCAAAGUGACAGCCAGUGGACCUGGCUUAGAAAGAGGGAAAGCCGGAGAAGUGGCCACAUUCACUGUGGACUGCUCAAAAGCUGGUGAUGCUGAACUCACCAUUGAGAUUCUCUCAGAUUCCGGUGCAAAGGCUGAAGUGCUGAUCCAAAAUAAUAGCGAUGGGACCUAUAGUAUUACCUACAUCCCAUCUUGUCCUGGGGCUUACACAAUCACAAUUAAAUAUGGAGGACACGCAGUACCUAAAUUCCCUGUCCGUGUAAAUGUUGAGCCAGCAGUGGAUACCAGUGGAGUAAAGGUGUUUGGUCCAGGAGUAGAACCCAGAGGUGUUCUGCGUGAAGUCGCCACAGAGUUUACUGUUGAUGCUCGCUCCCUAACCAAGACAGGUGGCAGCCAUGUCACCACUCGUAUCAUCAGUCCUUCAGGUGCUGUCACCGAAAGCUUUAUCUCUGACAAUGGAGAUGGAACCUAUCAUGUGCAGUAUACAGCGUAUGAAGAUGGGAUUCAAUUGGUAGAAGUUUUAUAUAAUGAUGUACCUGUGCCUAAGAGCCCAUUUCGUGUUGGUGUCACAGAGGGCUGUGAUCCAUCCCGCGUGCGAGCAUAUGGUCCAGGGCUAGAAGGUGGACUGCUCAACAAGUCCAAUCGGUUCACAGUUGAGACCAGGGGUGCUGGCACUGGGGGUCUUGGCCUUGCAAUUGAAGGCCCAUCUGAAGCAAAAAUGUCAUGUAAGGACAAUAAGGAUGGCAGCUGUAGUGUAGAGUACAUCCCUUUCACCCCAGGAGAAUAUGAUGUCAACAUUACAUUUGGUGGGCGACCAAUCCCAGGAAGCCCUUUCCGUGUGCCAGUGAAGGAAGUUGUGGAUCCUAGCAAAGUGAAGUGUUCAGGUCCUGGUUUGGGAGCUGGUGUGAGAGCACAUGUCCCACAGACCUUUACUGUAGACUGUAGCAAGGCUGGACUUGCACCAUUAGAAGUGUUGGUGCAAGGACCAUCAGGUCUUGCAGAGCCAGUUGAUGUAAGAGACAACGGUGAUGGAACUCACACAGUAAACUACACCCCAGCUACAGAUGGACCAUACACUGUAUCUAUUAGAUAUGCAGACCAGGAGGUACCUAGAAGCCCCUUUAAAAUCAAAGUUCUGCCAACUCACGAUGCAAGCAAAGUACGUGCUAGCGGUCCAGGUCUCAACUCAGCAGGUAUACCAGCCAGCUUACCUGUGGAAUUCACCAUUGAUGCUCGGGAUGCAGGCGAGGGACUACUUACUGUUCAGAUUCUGGACCCAGAAGGAAAGCCAAAGAAAGCCAAUAUUCGUGGAAAUGGUGAUGGUACCUACACAGUAUCCUAUGUACCUGACAUGGCAGGAAGAUACACUAUUACGAUUAAGUAUGGUGGAGAUGAAAUUCCCUACUCCCCUUUCCGUAUUCUUGCAGUACCCACUGGAGAUGCCAGCAAGUGUUUAGUGACAGUGUCUAUUGGGGGACAUGGAUCAGGAGCCUGUCUUGGACCCACCAUUCAGAUCGGAGAAGAAACUGUCAUCACAGUAGAUGCUAAAGCUGCAGGAAAGGGAAAAGUGACCUGCAAGGUAUCCACACCUGAUGGAGCAGAGCUUGAUGUGGAUGUGGUGGAAAAUCAAGAUGGCACUUUUGAUAUCUACUAUACAGCACCUGAACCUGGAAAGUAUGUGAUUACCAUCCGCUUUGGUGGGGAACAGAUUCCCAACAGUCCCUUCCAUGUGGUGGCUUGUGACACCAUUCCCAUCAUAGAGGAACCAUGCGACACUGUGCAGCUACAUCAGCCCUACGCUGCACACCUUCCUGGCUAUCCAACUCAUUGGGCUACUGAAGAGCCAGUUGCUCCAGUGGAUAAUUUGGACACCAUGCUCAGGCCAUUCAACCUGGUCAUUCCUUUCACUGUGCAGAAAGGAGAAAUUACAGGGGAAGUCCGUAUGCCUUCUGGCAAGACUGCUCGGCCCAACAUUACUGAUAACAAGGAUGGAACCGUUACUGUCAAAUUUGCUCCAGUGGAGAAAGGAUUACAUGAGAUGGACAUAAAGUAUGAUGGAAAUCACAUUCCAGGCAGCCCACUGCAGUUUUAUGUAGAUGCCAUUAACAGCAGACAUGUGAGUGCUUAUGGACCAGGGCUUAGUCAUGGAAUGGUAAACAAGCCAGCCACUUUCACUAUUAUCACUAAGGAUGCUGGAGAAGGUGGCUUAUCACUGGCUGUGGAGGGUCCCUCAAAGGCUGAGAUCACCUGCAAAGACAAUAAGGAUGGUACCUGCACUGUGUCUUACAUGCCCACAGCCCCUGGAGACUACAACAUAAUUGUGCGCUUUGAUGACAAGCAUAUUGCAGGCAGUCCUUUUACAGCUAAGAUAACUGGUGAUGAUUCCAUGAGGACUUCUCAACUGAAUGUGGGGACUUCAACAGAUGUAUCCCUCAAGAUCACAGAGACAGAUCUGAGCCAGCUGACGGCCAGUAUCAGGGCUUCAUCUGGUCUUGAAGAGCCAUGUUUACUUAAGAGGCUGCCAAACAGGCACAUUGGAAUUUCCUUCACUCCAAAAGAAGUAGGAGAGCACGUAGUGAGCGUGAAGAAGAAUGGAAAACAUGUCACUAACAGCCCAUUCAAGAUAAUUGUUGGACAGUCUGAGAUUGGAGAUGCAAGUAGGGUGAAAGUGUCAGGAAAAGGAUUGCUUGAGGGUAUCACUUUUGAGGUGUCUGAAUUCAUAGUGGAUACCAGGAAUGCAGGGUAUGGAGGUUUAGGUUUAUCCAUUGAAGGUCCAAGCAAAGUGGAUAUAAACUGUGAGGAUGUGGAAGAUGGAACAUGCAAAGUGUCUUAUUGUCCGACUGAGCCUGGCACAUACAUUAUAAAUAUCAAGUUUGCAGAAAAGCAUGUACCAGGAAGCCCAUUUAUGGUAAAGGUUACAGGAGAAGGACGUUUAAAGGAAAGCAUUACGAGAAGACGCCAGGCCCCAUCCAUUGCAAGCAUUGGCAGCACAUGUGACCUCAAUCUGAAGAUUCCAGGCAACUGGUUCCAGAUGGUCUCAGCCCAAGAACGCCUCACUCGAACCUUCACACGCAGCAGUCACACAUACACACGUACUGAACGUACCGAGAUCAGUAAGACUCGGGGAGGUGAAACAAAAAGAGAAGUACGUGUGGAGGAAUCUACACAGGUUGGCGGUGAUCCUUUCCACAAUGUCUUUGGUGACUUCCUGGGCCGGGAGAGUCUGGGCUCUUUUGGCGGUAUUACACGACAAGAAGGUGAAUCAGGAUCCCAGGAUAUGACAGCUCAAGUGACUAGUCCCUCUGGAAAGACAGCAGAUGCUGAGAUUAUUGAUGGUGAAGAUAGCACAUACAGUGUGCGCUUUGUGCCACAGGAGAUGGGCGCUCACACCGUUAGCGUCAAGUAUAGAGGUCAACAUGUCCCAGGCAGUCCUUUCCAGUUUACAGUUGGGCCCAUGGGUGAAGGUGGAGCCCACAAGGUCAGGGCUGGAGGCACUGGUUUGGAAAGGGGAGUUGCAGGUGUUGCAGCUGAGUUCAGCAUAUGGACACGAGAAGCUGGGGCUGGAGGUUUGUCCAUUGCGGUAGAAGGUCCAAGUAAAGCAGAGAUCUCUUUUGAGGAUCGCAAGGAUGGGUCUUGUGGUGUCUCUUACAUUGUGCAGGAAGCCGGUGACUAUGAGGUGUCCAUUAAAUUUAAUGAUGAACACAUCCCUGACAGUCCCUUUGUGGUACCAGUGGCCUCACGUUCCGAUGAUGCCCGCAGAUUAACUGUCACCAGUCUACAGGAGACAGGACUGAAGGUAAACCAACCAGCUUCAUUUGCAGUGCAGUUGAAUGGAGCUCGUGGAGUAAUUGAGGCCAAAGUGCACACACCAUCUGGGGUGGUGGAAGAGUGUUACGUGUCUGAGGUGGAUAGUGAUAAAUACUCAAUCCGUUUCAUUCCUCAUGAAAAUGGAGUGCACUCUAUUGAUGUGAAAUUUAAUGGGCGUCAUAUCCCUGGCAGUCCUUUCAAGAUUCGUGUAGGAGAGCAAAGUCAGGCUGGUGAUCCAGGUCUUGUUACAGCAUAUGGACAAGGCCUUGAAGGUGGAGUCACAGGGAGACCCUCUGAAUUUAUAGUCAGCACCCUGAACGCUGGGGCUGGCUCUUUGUCAAUGACAAUUGAUGGGCCUUCCAAGGUGAAGUUGGAUUGCCAAGAUUCUCCUGAGGGCUAUAAAGUCUCAUAUACUCCCAUGGCACCUGGAAACUACCUAAUCUCCAUCAGAUAUGGAGGGCCCCAACAUAUAGUGGGAAGUCCUUUCAAGGCCAGGGUGACUGGUGCUCGGAUAUCAGGUGGUCACAGUCUCCAUGAAACAUCUACAGUGCUGGUGGAAACAGUCACCAAAUCCUCAGCUUCUGUGGGAGGUUAUGGUAUGGCAGUACCUAAAUUUACAUCAGAUGCCUCCAAAGUAGUGUCCAGGGGCCCUGGACUUUCAAAAGCAUUUGUUGGUCAGAAGAACACUUUUACUGUAGACUGCAGUAAAGCAGGUACAAACAUGCUAAUGGUUGGUGUCCAUGGGCCAAAGACACCAUGUGAGGAAGUCUAUGUGAAGCACAUGGGAAAUCGAUUGUACAAUGUGACCUAUACAGUAAAGGACAAAGGAGACUACAUCCUCAUUGUCAAGUGGGGAGACCAGAAUGUUCCAGGAAGUCCUUUCCAAGUCGCAGUCCCUUGAGAGACUUCACUACUACCCAUUACCCUAAAGGCCUCUCAAGAGACCUAAUUACUCGCCAGUGAAGGACAGACUUUCCCCUUUUUAUGCAAAUGCACUGAUUUAAUAAUUUAAAAAAAACUGUUAUAGCAUAAAUUCACUAAGUGCCUUUGUCUGUCCACAUUAAGGACUUUCCCAUAACAUGAUGACACUAAAACCGCUGGGUGAGGGGAAAAGGGAUGCAAGCGUGCACAUCAUCCACCAGGCCCUUUCUGCAUUUUACAAAAUGUUCCUUUAUAUUAUGUUUGGUGUUUUAUUUUCUAAAAAGUUGCUAUCUGUUGUGUUUUAUAUGCGCUUUAAUUGUUUUGUAUUUUUAUUUCAGGGGAGGGUGAUUUUGGGGGUGAGAGGUAUCAGAGGUCAUAGGGUCAGUGUACAGAAGUCAUAGGGUCGGUGUACUGUGACUACUGUUCGUAAUAUUAUUUCCUGCAGUACAUUUGUCAGUCUUUCUUUGUACUUUCAUUAUGUUUAUGGGUGAGGCCUUCACCACCACCGUUUUGGUUUUUCUAAUGA